CUCGCACCGCCCCCUGGUGGUCAGACGUGGUAGCUGCUGUGCGUGCAUGAGAGAGCAGUUGAAGAUGGCGACUGGAGUCCUUCACAGAGUGUGCGGUGGCCUGGGUCGGGCUAAAAGCAGGGCCCAGUCGGCCGGACAGCUCGUCGUGUCGAGCAGGGGAUUUGCAACAUCAAGCAGCAGAAACGGACAGGACAGCUGGUUUAAGUCGCUGUUUGUGAGGAAGGUUGAUCCCAGGAAAGACGCACACGCUAACCUACUGACCAAAAAUGAGGAAAGUAAUCUGUACAAAAUUCAGUUCCAUAAUGUCAAGCCAGAGUGCCUGGAUGCAUACAACAAACUGUGUGAGGAGGUUUUGCCCUCCAUCCACGCUGAUAAGUACUACCCCUGUGAGCUGGUGGGCACCUGGAACACCUGGUAUGGAGAACAAGACCAGGCUGUUCAUCUGUGGCGUUACAGAGGUGGAUACCCGGCUCUGACGGAUGUGAUGAACAAGCUGAAGCAGAACAAGGAGUUCACAGAGUACAGGAAGGAGCGGGGUAAGAUGCUGAUGUCUCGCAGAAACCAGCUUCUGCUGGAGUUCAGCUUCUGGAACGAGCCUAUUCCCAGAGAGGGCCCCAACAUCUACGAGCUCAGGUCCUACCAGCUCAGGCCAGGAACCAUGAUCGAGUGGGGUAAUUACUGGGCCAGAGCCAUCAGAUUUCGCCAGCACAACAGUGAAGCUGUGGGAGGGUUUUUCUCACAGAUCGGCAACCUCUAUAUGGUUCAUCACCUCUGGGCUUACAAAGACCUUCAGUCCAGAGAAGACACGAGGAGCGGCGCCUGGCAGCAGGAGGGCUGGGACGAGGUGGUGUAUUACACAGUUCCUCUCAUUCAACAUAUGGAUUCCAGGAUUAUGAUCCCGACAAAGGCUUCCCCGCUGAAGUGAAGUGAGAGCUGAAAUCAAGUGGCACCCCCCUCUUUUGAAUGUUACAUCCAUCCAGAGCAUCACUAUCGUGGUUUCAACCUCCCGUCAGUGCUGCCAAACAACAUCCCUUCCCUUUUCUUGUCCUUGCUUUUAUUUUGUCAAGAUGUCACCAGGACAGAGGAGGCAACAAUGCCUACCAUGCAUCAGCAAUUAAAAUAGUCAAAACCACUGAUAGGCCUUGGUGAUGCACAACUUCUUUUUUUAGUACCGAGCCAGGAUACGUAAAUUUGGCCGAUUUAAACCUCCUGAUGGUCAUUAGUCUGAUGCCAUGAAGAGAGCUCCUCUCUUAAGUUUCAAACCAACCAAAGUUACUUGAAAAGACGCCCAGCUGUGUGGUGUGAGGGCAGAUAGAAUAGUGUUGCUGAAGCGCACUGCAGUAGCAAUUUAUUUAUUUAAUGUAAAUUUGGAAGAGUUUUAGUUUGCUGAAGUGGCACUUUGAUGCGAGCCAUGCCAUUGCUGAGUGAAGUGAAAACACGCCUCUGUAAAUUCAUGAAAACUGUAUUUCUGUUGCAACUCAAGAAGACUGCAAAUGUUAACCUCAUCAUUUUAUAUUUGAGGUCCAUUAUAAAUCUAAACUUUUCUUUUGGCACACUCCUUUUUCUGUUGCUUUUUCUGGAUGUCCCUAGGUUCCCUGUCAUGGUAAUGUUGCAGUUUCAUGAUGCCGUGUUUGUAACUAUUGAUUCUACUUUUUCUUGUGAAGACAGCAUGCCUGGUUUUAAGCGGUUUUUAUCCAACAUGUUUUAAUGGGGCAUAGCGAUCAUGUAUGAAACUCUGGAAACAAACAUUAUCUACCAGUGGCUGAGUGCAUCUGUCUCUUAAGUGAGCAGUCAUGCUGCUGCAUAUUGUAAUAUCAGAUUUUAUUGUUGAAGCAUGUUUAUCUUGUCUUUUUGUUCAUCAGUUCACAGGGAAGGACAAGAACGCCAAAACACAUUAAAGCAGUUUUUGACAGCA